AUGAGAUCCAGAAACCUUUACGAGUUUUACCGGCGCAUGAAGUACUGUGUCGCCCAGAAGAAUCCGAGGCUCAUGCCGGAUUUCGAGCAGGCGUAUCUAUCACUCAUCUCCGCUUCACGAGGUUGCACAAGUGUACAACGUAUUGUAGCUGAGCUUAUUCCUCGGUAUGCAUCAUAUUGCCCAACUGCUCUUGAAGCAGCUGCUAAAGUUUCCAUUAACAUGUAUAAUUGGAGCUUGGCCAUUAUAAUAAGAGGAGAGGAUGUAGAUGGUGUUGCAUAUCAGACUGCUAAAGCAUGUAUUUUUUGGCCCUAG